CGGAUGAUGAAGAAGAGGAGGAGGAGGAAGAGACCAAAACUGAAGACAUUUUGGCAGAUAAUGAUGAAGAGGAGGAGGAGGAGACUAAAACUGAAGACAUUUUGGCAGAUGAUGAUGAAAAUGUGGAGGAGGAGGCCAAAACUGAAGAUAUCUUGACAGAUUAUGAUGAUGAAGAGGAGGAGGAGACCAAAACUGAAGACAUUUUGGCAUAUGAUGAUGAAGAGGAGGAUGAGGAGACCAAAACUGAAGACAUUUUGGCAGAUGAGGAUGAAGAUGUGGAGGAGGAGGAGGAGACCAAAACUGAAGACAUUUUGGCAGAUGAGGAGGAGGAAGAGGAGGAGGAGGGGGAGACCAAAACUGAAGAUAUUUUGGCAAAUGAGGAGGAGGACACUAAAACUGAUGACAUUUUGGUAGAAGUGAAGGAAGAAGAUGAGAACGAGGACAAAGAAACAAAAACCAAACACAUGGCGGAGGAGGAGGAAGAAAAACCAGAAGAAAUUGACAUUGAAAGAACCGAUGAAGAAGAUCAAGUUGUAGAAAUGGAAGAUGAUGAGGAUGAAGCAGAGGAGGAAGGAGAAAAGCAGUAUGAAGAAAAAGAGCCAUCAGUCCAACAACUUGAUCUUCAAAUUGUCCUCUCUGAAAAGCUCAGUAAUGACAGUUCUGUACCUGAAUCAGAUGAUGAUGAUGAUGAUUAUGAGGAGGAGGAGGAGAAAGGAGAGCUAACUUUACCGCCUGUUUACGAUGAAGAUGAAUACUCUGACAUCAUUGAUGAUCAGGAUGAAAAUAACAACAACAGCCAGAACAUAAAGACAGAACCUAAGCAAAAGAGGAAGGUCCACACCCCAAUCAAGAGUCUCAGAAGAAGGCACAAAGAAGAACAUCUCCGCAAAUAUGAGAAAGUUCUGAAAGAAGCCAAGGAAAGACACACAAUAAAAGAAGUUAAAGAAACCCUUAUUAAAGAUCUAAGAGCUGCAGGGCCCAAAGAGGAAGUGGAAAAAGAGGAGGAAGUCAAACUCAAAGAAACUGUAGUUAUCAAACCAAAAGAAGAGGAGCCUAAGAAGGAUGCUAAACAUGACGAAAAAACACUUAAACAUAAAGAAAAGAAGCUAAAAGAAGAGAAGACAGUGAAACCCCUUCAAGAACAGGAAACGCCAUCUAAGAACGAGACGAAAGCCAAGAAAACCUUCAAAGAGAAAGUCCAGAAACUACAUAAAGAUGACAAAGAAGUUAAGAAACCUCUUAAAGUAGAGAAAGUCAAGAAACCAAAAGAAGACAAACUGAAGGCACUACCAAAAGACAAAAAAGUAGUCAAGAAACCAAAGGAUGAAAAAGAAGUCAAGACACCUUCAAAAGAAGAAAAAUUAGUGCAGACACCAAAAGACAAAAAAGAAGUCAAGAAACCUAAAGAAGACAAAGAGGUCAAGAAACCUAAGGUUGAAAAAGAAGUCAAGAAACCUAAAAAAGACAAAGAAGUCAAGAGACCUAAGGAAGAAAAAGACGUCAAGAAACCUAAAGACGUAAAAGAAGUCAAGACACUAAAAGAAGAAAAAGAAGUCAAGAAACCUAAAGACAAAAAAGAUGUCAAGAAACCUAAGAAAGAAAAAUUAGUGAAGACACCAAAAGACGACAAAGAAGUCAAGAAACCUAAAGACAAAAAAGAAGUCAAGAAACCCAAAGACGAAAAAGAGGUCAAGAAACCUAAAGAAGACAAAGAGGUCAAGAAACCUAAGGUAGAAAAAGAAGUCAAGGAACCAAAAGACGAAAAAGAAGUCAAGGAACCAAAAGAUGAAAAAGAAGUGAAGACACCUUCAAAAGAUGAAAAAGAAGUCAAGAAACCUAAGGAAGACGAAGAAGUCAAGAAACCCAAGGAAGAAAAAUUAGUGAAGACACCAAAAGACAAAAAAGAAAUCAAGAAACCUAAGGCAGAAAAAGAAGUCAAGAAACCAAAAGACGAAAAAGAAGUGAAGACACCUCCAAAAGAUGAAAAAGAAGUCAAGAAACCUAAGGUUGAAAAAGAAGUGAAGACACCUCCAAAGGAAGAAAAAGAAGUCAAGAAACCUAAGGAAGAAAAAUUAGUGAAGACACCAAAAGACAAAAAAGAAGUCAAGAAACCUAAAGAAGACAAAGAGGUCAAAAAACCUAAGGUUGAAAAAGAAGUCAAGAAACCUAAGGAAGAAAAAGAAGUCAAGAAACCUAAAGAAGAAAAAUUAAAACAUAAAGAAGACAAAGAGGUCAAGAAACCUAAGGUUGAAAAAGAAGUCAAGAAACCUAAGGAAGAAAAAGAAGUGAAGACACCACCAAAAGAUGAAAAAGAAAUCAAAAAACCCAAAGAUGAAAAAGAAGUCAAGAAACCUAUAGAUGACAAAGAAGUCAAGAUACCAAAAGAUGAAAAAGAAGUAAAAAAACCUAAAGAAGACAAAGAGGUCAAGAAACCUAAGGAAGAAAAAGAAGUCAAGAAACCUAUAGAUGACAAAGAAGUCAAGAUACCAAAAGACGAAAAAGAAGUCAAAAAACCUAAAGAAGACACAGAGGUCAAGAAACCUAAGGUAGAAAAAGACAUCAAGAAACCUAUAGAUGACAAAGAGGUCAAGACACCAAAAGACAAAAAAGAAGUCAAAAAACCUAAAGAAGACAAAGAGGUCAAGAAACCUAAAGUAUUAAAAGAGGUCAAGAAACCGAAAGAAGAAAAAGUAGUCAAGAAACCAAAAGAUGAAAAAGAAGUCAAGAAACCUAUAGACGAAAAAGAAGUCAAGAAACCUAAAGAAGAAAAAGAGGUCAAGAAACCUAAGGAAGAAAAAGAAAUCAAGAAACCUCAGGUAGAAAAAGAUGUCAAGAAACCAAAAGACGAAAAAGAAGUCAAGAAACCAAAAGACAAAAAAGAAGUCAAGACACCAAAAGACGAAAAAGAAGUCAAGAAGCCUAAAGACGAAAAAGUACAGAAACCUAUAGACGACAAAGUAGUCAAGAAACCUAAAGAAGACAAAGACGUCAAGAAGCCUAAAGACGACAAAGAAGUCAAGAAACCUAAAGAAGACAAAGAUGUCAAGAAACCUAAGGUAGAAAAAGAAGACAAGAAACCUAAAGACGAAAAAGAAGUCAAGACACCAAAAGACGAAAAAGAAGUCAAGAAACCAAAAGAAGACAAAGAAGUCAAGAAACCUAAAGACGAAAAAGAAGUCAAGACACCAAAAGACGAAAAAGAAGUCAAGAAACCUAAAGAAGACAAAGAAGUCAAGAAACCUAAAGAAGACAUAGAUGUCAAGAAACCUAAGGUAGAAAAAGAAGUCAAGAAACCUAAAGACGAAAAAGAAGUCAAGACACCAAAAGACGAAAAAGAAGUCAAGAAACCAAAAGAAGACAAAGAAGUCAAGAAACCUAAAGACGAAAAAGAAGUCAAGACACCAAAAGACGAAAAAGAAGUCAAGAAACCUUUAGAAGAAAAAGAAGUCAAGAAACCUAAAGAAGACAAAGAAGUCAAGAAACCUAAAGAAGACAUAGAUGUCAAGAAACCUAAGAUAGAAAAAGAGGUCAAGAAACCUAAAGACGAAAAAGAAGUCAAGACACCAAAAGACGAAAAAGAAGUCAAGAAACCAAAAGAAGACAAAGAAGUCAAGAAACCUAAAGAUGAAAAACAAGUCAAGACACCAAAAGACGAAAAAGAACUGUUGAACCUAAGAAAUGUCCCUGAAGUUCCUAAGGUGGCAGCCAAACCUGAACUGACAAAGAACGUGGCACCUCCAAAGGAGACCAAGAAGGAGUCAAAGCAAAAAGCCAAACCUCAACAUGUAAAAAAAGAACUAGACAGCGCUCCUAGAAAUGCCUCUCUGGUGAAAGAGAGGGUGAAAAUAGUGCCUAUGAAGAAAGUGGUCAAGGCCCCAAAAGUCAAAACAGUCUCUGAAAAGACAACAGCUAAGAAACAGAAGCUCAAACCAGUUCUGACAAAGAGAGAGGCGCACGUACCACCCAGAAACAUCUCUCUUGCAAAGGAGAAGGUGAAAGUGGUGCCGCUGAAGAAAGGAACUGACGCCAAGCCCGUUCUUGCCAAAAAAGUUUUCCUGUUUGCAGAAGUGGAGGCCCCUAAAGAAAUGGAAAAGCCUACAGCUGCAGUAAAGAAAGAAGACAGGAUUCUUAAGGAGAUACAGGAGUCCGUAAAGAAAGAAAAAGCUGUUGAGAAGAAAGCUGCCAAGGAGGAGCAAGUUAAAGCUGAGCCCUCUGUAUCAGACAGCUUCGUUUUGGAUGAUGAGCUGCCCUACUUCCAGUGUUUCUUCGUGGACGAGGACGAGGCCCAGUUUCCGUUCUACGCCUUCUCACCGCUGCAGAUCUGA